AUGCGGACGGUCUUCAGGAACGCCAGAGUCUUCACCGGCUCACAGGACGCUUCAUCGUACGGAAAGCAUUCAUGCAUGGUCAUCAAUGGCGACCUGAUCGAACAUGUGGGCAAUGGUUCAGACGCCGUCGUGGAAGCGGCCACGAGAGAAGGUGCCAACGUGGUCGACCUGGAUAACAAACAAACUCUCGCACCAGGCUUUAUCGACGGCCAUAUGCACCUCCUAAUGUUUGGGACAUCGCUGCGGAAAAUAAGCCUCGAGCACUGUCGGACGCUGGCGGACAUACAAUCAACCAUCAAAGAAGCCGCUAGAGCGGAACCUUCGAAGCGUCGCAUUCUCUGCCGUGGCUGGAUGCAUUUCAUGACUGGGGGACAGGCUUUAGCACGAGAUUUGGAUGGGCUUGACGAGCAGCAGGACCGGCCCAUCUUCGUCGACUCGAAGGACUUGCAUUCGACGUGGUGCAAUUCUGCGGCGUUGAAGGAGAUGGGUGUCCAAGACAUGCCAGAUCCUCCCGGCGGAGAGAUCAAACGGGACGAGCGUGGGAGUGCCACCGGCUUGCUCAGCGAGGCCGCGGCCAUCACCAUUGUGUGGCCGCAUCUUGCAAAGGUAGCCUCGAUGGAGGAGAAGCUCUCUGCAAUCCGCCAAGCGAUCAAGACGUACAAUGCUUCAGGAUAUACGGGGAUAGUGGAGAUGGCCACGGACGAGAAUGCCUGGGAAGCCUUGCUCGAGUUGAUGUCCAAGGAGGAACUAAGUAUUCGCGUGGCCGCGCACUGGCUGAUAUAUCCGUCCAAGACAGACGCGGAGAAUUUUCGCCAGGUUGACCGGGCCAUUGACCUGUGGAAGCAAUAUAGCCUGGAGACAUCGCCGAAUUUCCGAAUCGCUGGCAUCAAAAUCAUUGGCGACGGGGUGAUUGACGCAUGCACAGCGGCCCUGCUGCAGCCGUAUUCGUCAAAUGGGGUCUCGUGUGAUCCGCUAUGGGACCCGGACAUGCUCAAGAGAGUCGUUGGACGAGCCGACGCCGCUGGGAUGCAGUGCGCUUUGCACGCCAUUGGAGACGCGACGAUCAAAAUGGCCAUCGACACCCUCGAAACCGUUGCUUCGAGUGGCCGACGACAUCGCAUUGAGCACUUGGAGCUGACCUCGCCGGGCGACGCCAAAAGACUGAGCCAGGCUGGCAUAACCGCAUCCAUUCAAGCGGUGCAUGCUGAUCCCGCCAUUCUGCGGCAGUGGAGCAAACUGCUGGGGGAGCAACGGCGAGGUCGUGCGUUCGCGUACCGAGAAUUCCUCGACGAGGGCGUGAGGAUCGCGUUGGGCACUGACGCUCCCACGGCCCCCAACUUGCCUCUGCCAAACCUCUACGUCGCCACAACCCGGCGAUCAGCCAGGGAACCGGAAUCAGAAGAGGUGGUUAACAAGCACUUUGCUUUGCCUCUGUUGAGCGCAUUCUCGGCCGCCACGCAAGGUGCCGCAUACAGUUGCUUUAUGGACAGGAUCACCGGGAGGCUAGAGGCAGGGAUGAAGGCUGAUUUCGUGGUCUUGGACGUGGAAUGGUCGCCAGAGGCUCUGCUGCAGGCAAAGAUUCUUCAAACUUGGUUCAAUGGGAAACAGGUAUAUAUUGCUCAAUAA